AUGGCCAAGAGCUUCCGCGAACUCAUCGGCGUUCCGCCGUCGACGGCAUCCACAAAGGACAGCGUCCUGGUCAUCAUCGACGCGCAGAACGAGUACGCAGAGGGCCAGCUCAAGACGGCCAACGUCGAGUCGACGCGCAAGGCCAUCGCGGGCCUGCUGGAGAAGUACCGGGCCGCGUCUGCGCCGCUGGUGCACGUCGUGCACAAGACCCCCGAGGGCGCGCCGGUGUUCACCCCGGGCACGGCGCUGGCGGCCGAGUUCGGCGAGCUGGAGCCGAAGGGCGGCGAGAAGGUCGUCGGCAAGCAGUUCCCCGGCAGCUUCACGGGGACGGACCUGGAGGAGUUCCUCAAGGGGACGGGGAGGGGCAAGGUUGUGCUGACGGGAUACAUGGCCCACGUCUGCGUCAGCACGACCGCGCGGCAAGCCGCGGAGAAGGGCUACGACGUGGUGGUCGCGGAGGACGCAGUGGGGGACCGCGACAUUCCCGGGGUCAAGGCUGAGGACCUGGUGAGGACGUCGCUGGCGGAGCUGGGCGAUGCGUUUGGCACUGUGGUCAAGUCGGCGGACAUCAACUAG